AACGAGACCUUGCUUGACGUGAAGCUCACAUUCAUCAAUUUGCUGGACAAAAUGAACCAGUACAUCGACCACAACAUGCUCAAGACCUUGGAUGAACUGGAACACAGUAGCAAGCCGCAUGUGAAGUGUAUUGACGCCGGCGCUGAGGAGAUCGACAUGGUCAUCAACGUUGGCAUGCUACGAGCUGAGGAGUUCGACUUCGUGCUCAGUGACAUCCGCGCUAUCGUGCGAGUGUGCAAAGAACGUGGUGCGAUCAGCAAGGUCAUCCUCGAGACUGCGCUGUUAAAUACGGAGCAGAUUCGCAAGGCCAGCGAAUUGGCCAUCGCGGCCGGCGCCGACUUCAUCAAGACUUCUACAGGUUUCUCCUCACGCGGUGCCAGCGAGGAGGACAUCAAGCUCAUGGCAAGUAUCGCUAAGCCUGCUGGAAGGCAG